AUGUCGGUGGCAAAGUGCGGCGUCUGCCAUGAGCAGGAGUCGAAGUAUAAGUGCCCAAUCUGCGAGCUGAGAUACUGCUCCAUCACUUGCUACAAGCCUCACAAACUAUCACAUUCGGAGCAAGAAGCGUCUAUAAUUCAGCAACAGCGCGAGCAAGCCAAGAAAGACCGACCCGGUACCACACAACGCAUUCCCAAGGUCGACUUCACUGGCUUUGAGAACGAUGCGGAAUUCAAGCGCUUGCUGAAGCGCUACCCACUGCUCCAGAGGCAACUCCAGGUAGCCUACGGUCUGACCCUCGAGCCGGGUCCGGACGAUAGGUUUUCCUGGAACAAGCAGCCUCUAUUGGGUCCACUGCAUGCCACCCAGCAGUCUAGUUGUCGAGGGCGUGGUGGUGGGCGCGGCGGACGAGGGAGAGGUAGAGGCAGAGGGAGAGGGAGAGGAAGGGGUGGGUUCAGUGAGUCGUCCGAGGAGAGACAGCACGGACAGUGGACACAGGCGAAGGGCGAUUCCGAGGCCUUGCUUGCCAUUAAGAAGAUGAGGAGCGGUGGUGAGGACGAGGCUAUGUCAGAGGGAUUGAAGGAGUUCAUCGAGUUGUGCUUGAUGAGGUUUGGGCCGGAUAGGGAAGGCACGGGUGGUGUGGAUGGUGCGAGCGCUGGGUGA